GAAUCCCGGGAAAUGCCCCCGCACGAACCCAACUUCCCAAGAACACCUCACAACGUCACCCAGUCCUCCGCCGGGGGCGAAGUGCCGCGCGCCGCCAGGACAGUCGGCGCUAAGCAGUGUCGUCACCGUGGGGGCGGGACUUCCUCCGCCGUUUCCGAUGUCAUCCGGAAGUCGGUGCUGGUGCAGUCUGUACCGGGCUUUCAGGUUUUGCGUUGUUCGGCUCCCUGCUGUUGUAAUCCAGGUAAAUCCAGGGCAUCGCCACCGCAACCCACUCUUCCACCGGAGAUCUCGUCGCCCUCGCUCUUGUCCCGGCGUGAUCGCCCUCCCUGUUUCUCCGCCCCGCUUACCUGCUGCUCACCGGACCGAGCGGGACUCAUGGCGGGGGCUGCUCUGACCACGGCCUUUGGGCAGGCGGUGAUCGGCCCUCCGGGUUCGGGAAAGACCACGUACUGCCUGGGCAUGAGCGAGUUUCUGCGCGCGCUGGGUCGGCGCGUGGCGGUAGUGAACCUGGACCCGGCCAACGACGGGCUGCCGUACGAAUGCGCGGUGGACGUGAGCGAGCUGGUAGGCUUGAGCGACGUGAUGGACGCCCUGCGGCUGGGGCCCAACGGCGGGCUACUGUACUGCAUGGAGUACUUGGAGGCCAACCUGGACUGGCUGCGUGCCAAGCUUGACCCCCUCCGUGGCCACUACUUCCUCUUCGACUGCCCAGGCCAAGUGGAGCUCUGCACGCACCAUGGCUCCCUGCGCAGCAUCUUCUCCCAGAUGGCCCAUUGGGACCUCAGGCUGACUGCUGUCCACCUGGUGGAUUCUCACUACUGUACAGACCCGGCCAAGUUCAUUUCAGUACUGUGUACCUCCCUGGCUACCAUGCUGCAUGUAGAGCUGCCCCACGUCAACCUCCUCUCCAAGAUGGACCUCAUUGAGCACUAUGGGAAGCUGGCCUUCAACCUGGACUACUACACAGAGGUCCUGGACCUCUCCUACUUGCUUGACCACCUGGCUUCUGAUCCUUUCUUCCGCCACUACCGUCAGCUGAAUGAGAAACUGGUGCAGCUCAUUGAAGACUACAGCCUGGUCUCCUUCAUUCCUCUUAAUAUCCAGGACAAGGAGAGUGUCCAGCGGGUCCUGCAGGCUGUGGAUAAAGCCAAUGGCUACUGCUUUGGGGUCCAAGAGCAGCGAAGCCUGGAGGCCAUGAUGUCUGCUGCAAUGGGAGCCGACUUCCACUUCUCCUCCACCCUGAGCAUCCAGGAGAAGUACCUGGCACCCUCAGACCAGUCAGUGGAGCAGGAAGCCAUGAAGCUGUAACCCCCAGCUGGACUCUGGAGAAUAAGACACGUAAAGAAGCACCGGGGAAAGCGGCAACUCCCUGUGAGCAGUGGACAGCUCAGCAGGCUGCAGGUCCAAGAACAGUCCUCCCUGCCAGAGUGGUGAAGGGACACUCAGCCCUGCAAAGGACUCCUGGCCAAAGGCCAGGCAUGGCUCAAGCAAAGCACCACCAUAUCGUCAGUGCUUACAAGCCCUGGGCACUGUCACUGGGAGUUCAGCACUGGCCCUACUCGGACUGUGGUGGGAUGUGCCACAAUACAAGAGUUUAUUUUCUUCUACAUUUUGUGGCUUUCAAACUUCCAUCAACCAUCCAGGGAGCUGGGACAGAACGAGUGAAUGUCAUCUUCCCUCAGAAGAGUUCUAUUUCUUCAUGCAGGGCAGUGUUUCCCCAAAGCACAGGAUCACACUAGAGGAUAGACAUUUAUUCUCCAUUUGUGUACUUAGGUUAAUCUUCAGUUUUAACAGUGAACCUUAAGCUUGAGGCAAGACUUCCGAACUAGAUCUUAACUUUUUAUUUUCAUUGUAUUUAUUUCAUGGUUUUAUUCUGCUUUUGGCAAGUGCUAGUUAGUUUCCAUUUAUAGUAGUGAUUAAAAGUUUACUUUAAAAAUGAAGUUA